CUAUAUCGAGCAACUCAAAAUCUGCCAUUGCCUUGAAUGCAUGGAAUGGGAAGAGUGUGUUCUCAAAAUAUACAUUUCGUAUAACUACAAAUUCGCUCUCCUAAUCCCAACCCUCCAAUGAAGGGUCUCUCAACCAUAAAAUCAGAGCCACCAUUGUAGAAAAUAAAGAAAGUUUGGUGAACGACGGGUUCAUUCUUGCUUCUAUUCCAUCGUAGAGGAAAUAUGGCAUGAGUUGUCUCGUCAGUAAAUAUUGUGUGGGUAUCCGUCAGUACAGUUGUUUGCAGAUUUAUAGGCAUAAACACAAUCAAUGCAAAAUCAAAUGCAUGUUUCGUUUCAUAUAUUGCUGGCCAUUCAAUCUUUCCAAUCAAUGCAAACGGUCUUGUCUUAUUGGAUUCCUUACACUGGUUUAUAUCAUACCACCAUAUGAAGAUAUAGUCUAUGUAUCCAAGUUCUUCCCUGUUUGGUAGUCUGUUCAAAGCAUUGGGUUUCAAUCAUGGCAGCAGGAGCAGCAAGAAGAAGAAAGGCAAAAGAUUUUCAUGACCUCUUCAUAUUAACUGCACUGGGUAUUGCAAGAGAAUCUGCUACACUUGUUUUGAAACGCUUAUCUUUCUUCACAUCCAUCACAGUUUUUCUCAUUAUUCCUGUUUCUGCUGCUACCAUUAUCUCCAAGGCAUUCACUGAUCAUCUCCCUGUAACCCAAUUGGCUCUACAAAUUCAAGCUCUGUGUUUUACUCUGGGCUAUCCCAAUCUUAUAUAUCAGAAGCUUUCUGAGACAGUGAUUUCAUACAUGGUGUGCUUUCCUUUUGUGGUCACAUUUUCACUGGUUGCAAGAGCAGCAGUGGCCCAUACAGUGGCUUAUCUUUAUGCAGGUGGCAAUAGCCCAUCAUGGCAGAAGAUAAUUCAAGCAAUACCCAAGUUGUGGAAAGGCCUGGUGGUGACAUACAUAUGGGGGUGUUUGAUAGUUUUUGGAUACAGUGUUCUCAUUUUUGGGUUUCUAUUGGCAACAGUUAACCUAGUAAUUCUAUUGGCAUUAUCUACAGAUUGGGUUUUCUGGACUGGUUUAUGUUGGGGGAUUGUUUAUUCAAUUGGUUUUGCACAUGCCAUUGCUUUGUGCAAUUUGGCUACAAUUGUGUGUGUGUUAGAAGAUGGGUGCUCUGGAAUGGAGGCUGUUUGCAGAGCCAAGUUUUUGAUAAGAGGAAGAACACAAGUGGCUCUGCUCAUAGUUGUAAUCACAGGCUUGGGAUUGGCCUUCGUUGAGGGCCUCUUUCAAUACAGAGUGAUGGUCAAUGAUAAAAUGGACUGUUUUGGGGCAGUGUCCGAGGCUUCUCUCUUGAUAUUCAUGUAUUCUCUGGUCAGUUUGUUAGAUGUUGUGAUGAAUUGUGUAUUUUAUUACACAUGCAAGGUAGCUCGUUUGGAGGGCCUCUGCCUCGAUUCUCCAUUCUUCACAAAUUCACUGGAAGAGUAAUUGUCUUCUUCUUCACAUAAAACCUUUGUCAGCUAAUUUUUUGUAAGUUUUUCCAACAGCGAGACCAACUGAUUCAUUCUUUUAUGUGCUUGAACUCAUCGAGAACGUUUACUAUACCCAGUUGAUUAUGUAAGUCAAUGCUUCAUUUUUGUAUGGCAUAUUUGUAUACAAUGGGUCCUGCUGUUGGUAUUUCAGAAGUUAUUGAUCUGUG